AGUGCUUAUUUUAAUUCCUUUGCAGCCGUACAACAUAAUUCACGUGUGAAUAACUAUAUGUGUGUUUAGUUAUUUAUCAGUUGAUGUUAUAGAGUUGUGCAUGUUAGGCAUAUGAUUCCAUAGUUGUACCUUUAGCUAGAUUAUGGCAAGUAAUCAAAGUUUGGCGCUGAGUUUGUUGGUGGUUGUGAUUUUUCAAGUGUUAUGGUUUGAAAAUGGGAUCUCAGUUAAAGUGAGUUAUGAUCAUAAAGCACUGAUUAUUGAUGGAAAAAGGAGGAUUUUGCAGUCUGGAUCUGUACAUUAUCCCCGGACCACACCUGAAGUGUGGCCUGAGAUCAUCCGGAAAGCCAAGGAAGGAGGAUUGGAUGUGAUCGAGUCUUAUGUUUUUUGGAAUUAUCAUGAGCCUGUCAAGGGAGAGUACUACUUUGAAGGCAGGUUUGAUCUGGUAAGGUUCAUUAAGACAGUGCAUGAAGCUGGCCUUUUCGUGCAUCUGAGGAUUGGCCCGUAUGCUUGUGCUGAAUGGAACUAUGGAGGAUUUCCACUUUGGUUACACUUUAUUCCUGGAAUCCAGUUUCGGACAACUAAUAACCUUUUUAAGAAUGAAAUGAAAAUAUUUCUUGCCAAAAUUGUGGAUUUAAUGAAGGAGGAGAAUCUUUUUGCAUCUCAAGGUGGACCGAUCAUUCUUGCCCAGGUUGAAAAUGAAUAUGGAAAUGUUGAGUAUGCUUAUGGCAUUGGUGGAGAAUUAUAUGUCAAAUGGGCUGCUGAAACUGCUAUUAGUCUUAAUACUAGUGUUCCUUGGGUGAUGUGUGCUCAGGAAGAUGCACCUGAUCCAGUUAUAAAUACAUGCAAUGGGUGUUACUGUGAUGACUUCACUCCAAAUUCUCCUUUAAAGCCAAAGAUAUGGACUGAAAACUAUAGCGGAUGGUUCCUUUCAUUUGGUUACGCAGUUCCUUAUCGUCCAGUUGAGGAUCUGGCUUUCUCUGUUGCCCGUUUCUUUGAAAAAGGGGGAACCUUUCAGAACUAUUAUAUGUAUUUUGGUGGCACCAACUUUGGAAGAACAGCAGGAGGCCCUCUGAUCGCGACAAGCUAUGAUUAUGAUGCUCCAAUAGAUGAGUAUGGUUUCACUAGGCAACCAAAGUAUGGUCACCUGCGAGACUUGCACCUAGCAAUAAAGCACUGUGAAGAGUUUUUGGUAGCAGCAGAUCCAAAACAUCAGCAGCUUGGUACAAAUCUGGAGGCACAUGUCUACUACAAAACAUCCAACCACUGUGCAGCUUUUCUUGCUAACUAUGGUAGUAAAUCAGAUGCAACUGUUAGAUUCAAAGGCAGAUCCUACUUCCUUCCUGCUUGGUCUGUGAGCAUUCUUCCAGAUUGUAAGAAUGUAAUAUUCAACACAGCAAAGAUUGUUUCUCAAACAAGUCUUGAAUUUACUCCUAACCGUGGUCUAAGUGAGUGCACAAUACCAUCAUCUGCGUGGAGCUGGUAUGAAGAGAAAGUAGGUGUCUAUGGUAAAGACUCAUUUACAACACCAAGUUUACUAGAGCAAAUCAAUGUAACCAAGGAUACGAGUGACUUUCUGUGGUAUACAACAAGUGUGAAUGUUACCGACGAUGAUAAGUAUGGGGAAACACUGGAAGCACUUCUAGUCAUUGAAAGCUUGGGACAUGCAGCUCUUGUUUUUGUGAAUAAGAAACCAGUAGGAUUUGGUUUUGGUAAUCACGAUUUUGCAAGCUUCAUACUCACCAAGACAGUCAGUCUAAAGUCUGGAAGUAAUACAAUUGACAUUUUGAGUAUGAUGAUUGGUUUACAGAACUAUGGACCAUGGUUCGACAUUGCAGCAGCUGGAGUUUUUUCUGUAACUCUUGUUGGUCUGGAGAAUGGCAAGAGAGAUCUUUCUUCUACAGAAUGGACUUACCAGGUAGGACUGGAAGGAGAACGUCUGGGACUCGAUAACAUGAGCCUUGCAAAUAGUUCUCUAUGGAUUCAAGGAAGUACCGUGCCUAAAAACAAAAGUUUGAUAUGGUACAAGUCUACUGUCCUUGCUCCUGAAGGUAAUGGCCCCAUAUCCCUGAAUCUUUCUAGCAUGGGAAAGGGUCAGGCAUGGAUCAAUGGGCAUGGCAUAGGUCGAUAUUGGUCAGCCUAUCUCUCACCAUCAACUGGUUGCACUGAGAAAUGUGAUUACAGGGGAACCUAUGAUUCAUUUAAAUGUCUAAAGAAGUGUGGUGAACCUGCCCAAACCUUGUACCAUAUACCACGCACCUGGGUGCAUUCAGGUGAGAACCUGCUUGUGCUCCAUGAAGAGCUUGGUGGUGACCCUUUAAAAAUCUCUUUGACGACACGAACUGGGCAGCACCUAUGUGGACAUGUAUCAGAUGCUGAUCAUCCAUCAGCUGAUUCCUGGAAACCAAAUGUUGAUUUUCAGUCUCUAAAGCCGGAAGUUCGGCUAGCUUGUGAUCAAGGAUAUACUAUUGUUUCUAUUCCAUUUGCUAGCUAUGGAACUCCAGAAGGAGUUUGUGGGGCAUUUAGUCAUGGAAGUUGUCACGCUAACAUUUUGUCGACUGUUCAGCAGCUUUGCAUUGGAAAGCAAAAAUGUUCUGUUCCUGUCUCUGCGGCUACUCUUGGGGACCCUUGUCCUGGAAUGCUUAAAAGCUUAGCGGUUGAGGCUGUUUGUCGUGCUUAAAAACAGCCUGCAAGUGCUUGAUGAUUUCUCUUCAAGUCCUGCAAACUGAAAGUGAAGUUCACUAUUUUGUAGAUAACGUCUGCUUUCUUUAUAGAUAUUAUUGUACAAACCAAAUUGUUCAUCUUGCUAAUAAAUCAUUAGUAAUGCA